AUGCCGAAUGUAGACGACUCUGUCAUGGGGCGGCAGAUGCCGUCCUCUUUCGAUGAGAACCACGAAUUCUACAACGAGAAGCCCAUGGCGAAGAUCUUCCGCAAGCUUAGGGAAGAGCCUCUUAUCCCUCUUGGUGCCGGCCUGACCGUUUUCGCAUUCACCCAGGCCUGGCGCGCCAUGCGCCGCGGCGACCAGGUCUCGGCCAACAAGAUGUUCCGUGCCCGCGUCGCAGCGCAGGGCUUCACCGUCCUCGCCAUGAUUGCAGGCAGCAUGUACUAUAACAAAGACCGCGAGGCUACGAAGGAGCUGCGCAAGCUCAAGGAGGAGCGGGACAGCGAGGAGAAGCGACAGAAGUGGAUCAGGGAGCUGGAGAUCCGUGAUGAGGAGGACAAGGCCAUGCGAGCGCGGGUCAUGAACCGUAGGGCCAAGGCCGAGGAAGCCAAGGCGGGCAAUGCGAGUGCGACGCCGGCGGAGGGCGGCGAGGCGAAGAGCGGCGUUCUGAAUGCGCUGGGCCUGUCGGGUUCUUCGUCGGGAUGGGGAAAGCCUGGCGAGGCACCGCUGGGGGACGCGAGCAAGGCCGUGGAUGACGAGCCCAUCGUCAGCAAGGUCAAGACGCCCACCAAUGUGAAGAGGGUGUCUGCGGAGGACGGCAAAACGAACUAG